AUGUCUAUCCUGCAUUCUUCCACCCGUCGACCUUCACCUCUCAGGGAUACAGAUUAUGACCAUGAAAUCACACUUGUCGAUCACACAGCAACCCUCCAAACACCGAGAAGCCAGUCUGCCACCGGUGCCAGCCACAGAAUUCCAUCCCCAUCUGUUUCAACUUCUUCGUCGAGACGAUACAGCGAUGUCCCUCUGAACAAGGACUCCAGCAGGCAGAAAUUGCGGCAAGAGAUUACAAAACGUAGAUACAAAAAAUAUCAGGAUCGUCGGUUAGACGAAGAGAGACCAGAGUCACCAGACCCUGCCCAGCCUGAACAAUCCCAAGAUGAUGACCAGGAGCAGGGUCAAGCGCAAGAUGCAGAGGACAGAGGUCGGAAGAAAGCCAAGACAAAGCCCGAGUCUGCAAUAGAUGUGUUAUAUGAGAACCAACGCGGAGGCUUCCUCUGUGGUUUGCCCCUCUUCGCAUCUAAAGCCUUAGGAAAUCUCGACCCCUCUCCCUGGACGAACGUUGCCCAGAAAACGAGUGCUACAGACAUUACAAAUGCGCAGGUCCCUGAUCCAUCUUGGGAGUGGGCGUGGAAAGAAUGGACUAUCAAUCAUGACGAGGGAACGGAUGAGGAUGGGUGGGAGUAUUCGUUUGCAUUUGCAAAGCCAUUUUCAUGGCAUGGACCUACGUGGUGGAAUUCUUUUGUGCGGCGACGAGCAUGGAUUAGGAAAAGAGUUAGGAAAGGUUCUGGGUAUCACAUCUCUGAAGCUCACAGACUCAACUCCGACUAUUUCACAAUCCAUUCAGCCAGCUUUGAUGCGAGUCGUAGUCGCGCCUCGUCCGUGGACACCAGAAGAUUAAGUGCCGCGCAAUUGGCUUACCGUGAAAUGGAAGACGAAAUACUCGCCGAAGACAUCACUGAUAUUGGGACACUAAUGGAAGCUUUACGAGUUGCUCGAAUAGACCGGGAGAAAAUGGAAGCAGUUGAGAACUUCAUCAAAAACGGUGGAGAUGACCUUUACUCCUUGCAGGAGCGGAUGCAUGAGAUAAUGGAAGCGUUCAUAUUCCAAGCUUCACGGCGGCUCCUACUCACCCACAUUCUCAGAAUCUACAACGAAGCUGCAGAGCAAAACAAGGAGCACGCUGAUGAUAAAAAUAAGAAGAAGAGGCUGGAGAACCUUGAAGCCGGUCUAAAGCAUGCUGAUGAAGAGGUUAGAAAGCUAGAGUUCUGGAGUGAUGUGAAAAAUAUGGCCGAGAAAGGCCACACCAAGGGAGCAGUGGACAAGUCUCAGGGUUGGGACUCCCGAUGGCUGGGCUAG